CUUGCCGUGAUAAGACGUGUAUGUUGAAGUCAGAAUAGCAGCUUUGUCUUGCUCCCUCGUUCAGAGAUGCUGCUCGAGCAAGCUCUGGUACUUGUGCUUCUGCACUGUGCUCUAGCCAGUGUCCAACGCGUGUUUUCCGCUGGUUUCGUAGACAGCGGCGUCGCGUCCAAUGGUUUGGGAGUAGAGGCAAACGUGUCGACUCUCCAUUUAUCUGCAUUGUCUUCCGAGACUUACGCAGUUUUGAGUCACCCUCGAUUCCCCUACCACCAGGUGCGGGUGAAGAAGACCAACUUCUGCGACCCAACUGUGAACGUAUAUACAGGCUACUUGGAUGUCGACUAUGGUGCAAAGCACCUCUUCUUCUAUUUCUUUGAGAGUCGACACGACCCCGAUCAAGAUGAUGUUAUGAUGUGGAUUAACGGAGGACCUGGCUGCUCCUCUUCUAUGGGAUUACUCAUGGAAUUAGGACCAUGCCAGAUCGACAUGAAGAACGUCUCCUCAAACGGCACAGUGUGGAACCCUUACUCGUGGAACGAAAAGGCAAACAUAUUCUUCCUAGACCAGCCGGUCGGCGUUGGAUUCUCGUAUGCCGACCACGGUGAAACGGUCGAGACGACCGAAGAGGCGGCCAAGAACGUCCACGCAUUCAUCUCUAUCUUCUUCGAGACUUUCAGCCAAUUCAAGGGACGGCCUUUCCACAUGUCUGGUGAAUCCUACGGUGGUCGGUACCUGCCCGUAUUUGCCAGUGAAGUCGUCGACCAGAACCAGAUUGCUGUGGCUGAAGGCCGACCGACCAUCAACCUCAAGAGCGUCCUUAUUGGCAACGGAAAUACUGGGAUAUCUACGCUUUAUGAAGGCCGGUAUGAGAUCGAGUGCGGAAAGGCUGCUUUGGAUGUUCCGAUCCAACAGAUUAGCAAAUGUGUGCGCAUGAAGAUGGCCUUACCUCGUUGUACCAAGGGUAUCGAGAAACAUUGUGGUAAUUACUUUGACUCGAUCGACUGUGCCGCCGCAGUGAAUUUCUGCGACAAUGAGAUAAGCACCAAUUACUGGGCUAGUGGCCGUAACGUAUACGACGUAUCAAAGAUGUGCAUUGGCGACGACCUCUGCUACCUCGAGAACGGCGCGAUCAAAGCCUACCUCGACCUCCCCGCCACCCGAUCCCUCCUCGGCGUCUCCUCCCCCAACAACUUCUCCGCCUGCUCGUCUGACGUCGGCCGCCUCUUCGUCGCGCACAGCGACAAGUGGUCCCACCCGACGGAGUACUACGUGGCUGGCCUCCUCGAACGGAGUGUACGGGUCCUGAUAUACGCCGGGACGUACGACUGGCAGUGUAAUUGGGUCAGCAACAAGCUGUGGGUGGACAGGCUGGAGUGGAGCGGCCAGGAUGCGUAUGCAAGGGAGGAGUGGAGGGAGUGGGAGGUAAAUGGCCGAAAGGCGGGGGAGACGAAGAGCGCGGGGAGGCUGACAUUCGCGACGAUCCGCGGGGCGGGGCAUAUGAUGACAGAGGCGUUGGCUAUGGUGCAGAGAUGGCUGGACGGGGGAAGUCUUUGA